GGGGCGGUGCUGGCGGAGAGCGCACUCUGGCUGGUGCCUGCUUGGAGUCCUGAGCUUUUCAGGUUUUCUUGGGGAUUCGAGUCCGUUCGCGAUGGAGGAUCAGGAGCUGGAGGCGAUCCGGCGCCAGAGAUUGGCUGAGUUGCGUGCUCAGCGCGGGGAUGCACCAGAUGAUCAGCAAAGCCAGCAAGAGGCUAAACAACGGGAGACAGAAAUGAGGAACAGUAUUCUUGCUCAGGUUUUAGAUCAGUCUGCUCGUGCCAGAUUGAGUAAUUUGGCUCUUGUAAAACCUGAGAAAGCCAAGUCGGUGGAGAAUUACUUGAUACAGAUGGCAAAAUUCGGGCAGCUUGGUGGAAAAAUUUCAGAAUCAGGUUUAAUUGAAAUCCUUGAGAAAGCUAACCAACAGAUGGGAAAGCAAACAAUGGUCAAGUUCAACAGAAGAAAAGUAAUGGAUUCAGAUGAAGAGGAUGAUUACUGAAUUCUGAGCAUGAGCCUAAUUUAUAUAUAACAAGGAAAAUUGAAGCUAGAACAGCGAUUGAAUGGAUUUAUUAUUUUUCCCCUUGUUUGCAGGAAGAAUUCUUUACAGUUCUGUAUCGCACAACUAUGUGGUGGUUCUAAACACAGUUUAUAGUGUAUGAAUGGAACCACAACAGUUAUUUGUGGAGAUGUGCUCCAAGAUGGAAUUUUUUAAAAAUGCUUUGAGAACUCUGAAUCAAUUUGAUUUAAAAUGCAUUGUGGAAUAUCAGAAUAAUUGAGUUCUACAAUGUGGAUAUUAUAGAAAUAAGUGGUUUACAACUUAUUUUGCACUCCUGUAAUAUGGUUUUGUCUAACAUUAGUUUUCUGUGCUAAUCUCAGGUUGCUGAGAAAGUGUUCCCUCCAGUCCAGUGGGAAAGCCAGCACAAAGCAUUUUUUCCCCUCAAAUCAUCUGGUCACAGUGUGCUUCUCGCUGUGAAUACAAAAUGAACCAUUUUUAUUGGAGUUUGUAAUAUACCUAUUAUCAGUAAUUUCAAUUUAAAUAAAUAUUAUUACUUUGCUUUCAGGAAAGAAACAUCCCUAAAAUUAAUCCAAACCUCAUUGCCAGUAAUAACAUGUGCCAGUUAUAUUGUGUUCUCUCUGAAAUAUUGUUCCCUUGCAUCCUGAAGUUACCCUUUAAUACUUCAUUACCUUUGAUUUUGCAACUGCUGGCAUUUACCAUUUAUGAGAGAACCUAGAAAUAAAUCAUUACAACAUUC